AUGUCAGGACGCGGAAAAGGUGGUAAAGGUCUUGGAAAAGGUGGUGCCAAACGUCAUCGAAAAGUAUUGCGUGAUAACAUUCAAGGCAUUACAAAACCAGCAAUUCGUCGUUUAGCCCGACGUGGUGGUGUUAAACGUAUUAGUGGAUUGAUCUAUGAAGAAGUACGAGGUGUAUUAAAAAUAUUUUUGGAAAAUGUUAUUCGUGAUGCCGUAACAUAUACCGAACAUGCAAAACGUAAAACGGUUACAGCAAUGGACGUUGUUUAUGCAUUAAAACGACAAGGUCGUACAUUGUAUGGAUUUGGAGGUUAA